AGAGAAGGCAAAUAAACCUUUAGGCUUAGGCCUAAAAGUGUUGAAACCAAGAACAGUCAAACGAUAACUGUAGAAUACAUUCCUUCGAUAGCAAACGACUUUAGAUAAGGAUUACUAGUAAACUAACAUGAACUUGCAGGGAUAAUACAUAAAAGUGGACUUAGGUGGCUUACCUAUUGACAUAAAGACCGAGGAUUGUACUUGUAUACGAUAUGCUACGCAACACAUCAACGUGUUGGAAAUGGAGUAUUGUAAAUGUCAACAAAGAACGACGGUCGACACUUGAUUGAUCAUCAUAAAAUGGACCACACUGAUCAAGAAACAGUGGGUCGAUCUAGCAAAAGAAAGCAACGUGAAAGGUGGACAUCAAUUAUUGACUUCGUGUACACUGUUUCAGACAGCCUUUUUAAUAGGAUACGACUCCCAGAUGUCAAAAAGUUAUCGAGUGCAGAGUUUGAUAUCGAACCAUCUACAGAGGGAAUAAGAUCCAUUGUGAUCCGAGGCACUCGCAGUCAAUGUCGAGAAGCUGUUCGACUUAUUACUGAAAUGACAGGCGAACAGGAUGCCAUCAGAAUAGACGCGAAGAGAUAUUGGCUUCAAUGGGUUGAAGAAGCAUUUCCUCACUAUGAAACUAAGACAUACUUCCUACCGCCAGUCUACAUUGCUCGAGUGCCUAUGACAAAGCAAACAGUAGCAGGUCAAGAUGUCUUUGUUCUCCAUAGCCAAAAACAGGUGACAGAUUAUUCAGCGACCUUUCCACGUGCUUCUGCCCAGGAAAGUGAUGUGGGUUUUGACGAAGCCUUACAGCGAGUGCUGCUUACUUUGAAGACAUUCUCGAUGAAACAAAGAGAAACAUUUAUAUGUCUAAGUCAGUUUUCGUUUGGAUCAUAUCUAGGAGAACAGCGUUUUGCUAAGGCAGCUGCCCAAUUGCCGUUACCCAGCAACCUGCCCAAAACACUGCCAUGGAGCUGGAGGCAAGGUGACUUUAAUGUUCUUCUCAUUCACAAAAACUACGGUUUUGUUAUUUGCGAGGUGAAGGCUGUUAGCUACAACACCGUAGCAGAGGAGCAAGAAAAACAGGUGGCAAGAGUGACAAAGAAACUGAAAGAAGCUGCAGAACAUUUAAAGAAAGCAGAAGCCAUGUUGAAACAUCUGGUGUCUGAUAUAGCUACUGGCAUUCGAAUCACCACAACAAUUGCAUGCCCAAAUAUUACCACCCACCAAAUGCAGCAAAUAAUUUUUCAGAAUCCAAAGCUGGAACAGGAUCUAUGUGAAUGCUUACAGAUGGAGGAUUCUUCGAACAUUAGCCGCAUGUUUCUUUGUUCUGAUCGUUUAUGCUUACCACAACAAGAGAGAGAUGAGAAAACGUCUCAAAGCAUCGGAUAUCAGGAAAUGGAGAUAAACCAGUGGUGGCAAGAACAUGUGGUUGAACUAGGAUAUGAUUUACAAUUAAGCAGCGAACCCGACUUGUAUAAGACACUGAUAGCUAGGUUUUGCGGACCAGCGUCUACAGUGACUGUUCCCAGUAUAAAUGCGCCUCGUGUUUCCAUUAAAACCUGGGACCAGGCAGUGGCCCACGUGGGAUACUGUUACACGGCUCAUAUCACACUGUUCCCUGAGCAGAUUGAUCUGCUUGUCAACGGCCCUCCAAAGGUGUUCAUUGCUGGCCCACCUGGCACAGGAAAAAGUGUUGUAUUGCUCCUAAAAGCCGUGAACUGGUUACUAGAGGGCAACAAUGUCUACGUCUUGAGCACGUGGGACCGAAGUCUUGCAGCAUCAUUUAUGCUAUUUUAUCUGCUACAGGAUAUACUUUGUAAGCAAAAUACAGAAUCUUCUGCAUGUGGACAAGUACACAUAAUAAAGAAGAAUUUCAAAGGCAACAAGGAUGUAGAAAACACUCUGGACGAGCUUGAAAAGAUGGCUAGAGAUAAACCAUUGCACGUCAUCGCCGACGAAGUAGGUCCUGAUUUAGAGUUCGAGGACUAUGCAUUUUCUGAUUUCUGCGCCAGUCUAGUGGAUCGUUUGAAGGGAAAAAAGGAUAGCGUUGAUUUGUACCUGUGGGCUGCAAGUUACAACUAUAAACCCGCACCUGAUGAGGGAUGGAAACUCGAAACAUUCACCAGACCACUUCGUUCUCCACCGCCUGUAAUCCGUGAAAUUAGUUUGGCAGCGGAAAUAAAACGUGGGUGUGUUGUUAGGUACACCCAACGGGGUGUAGCAGACCAUGCAGACGGUCCUCCCGUAAAAUGGGUGUAUCACCAAGAGCAGAACCAUAACUCACCAAGAGUUGAAGACUGCAAUCGUUGUGGGAAGAAAGUGGCAAAAUUCUUAAUAAAUGAUCUACAGGUUGGGGAUUUUACGACUUUGAGUAAUCAUUCGCCUUUCAACACAGAAAGUUUCUCAAGUAGCAGCAGGGCUCAGCCAGUCUUGCAGUACAAAGACGUGCUGUUUCUGUCUUGGGUUGAACUUCGAGAAGAUGCUGGUAUACUGAAGGCUCUGUCAACAUACAAAGUUCCAGUCCGAGUGAUGAGUGAUUCUGAGGAAGAUUUGUCGGACGUGGCUACAGCCAGCAGUAACGUGGUGUGGGUGGCGCGACAUCAGCUUGUUCGUGGCUUAGAGAGAAAAGUUGUCGUGUGUCUGGAUAACUACGACGACAGUGGCGGCACGUAUGCGUCCACAAGACUAUAUGCCAUGUCCAGGUGCACGUCACAGUUAGUGGUGGUCUGUCCUGCACCAGACGAUGACCAGGAUUCGGAAAAAGGCUAAGGUCUUCAAAAUCUUUUAUAACCCCAUAUUUGACCAAGGAUAACUUUUUUUGUUUUAGCAGAGGCUUGAAACAAUAUACGGCUGACAUAAAUUCAAAGACUUCUAACAUGUAUACUACUCAGCUCACCAUCGCUAUUAUAAACGUGUAAUUGUUGUUACUCGUGAUCACGUUCAUUCUAAUCGUCAAAUUACUGCAGGAUGGACAAAACUACUACCAAGUUAUAA